AUGCGGUCUUCGCUCUCCCUCAAGGCGCUGGCCUUCGCGGCGGCGGCCUUGAAUGGUGUUGAGGGUAUUGAUCUGGCGAAGCUGCGGAGGUAUGGCGAGAUGGCCGAGUCCGGCAUGUAUCCCGACGGCUCGCCCAUGCACUCCCCCGAGAUUAUGGCCUCGAUUCUCUCCGCGCCCGCCGCCUCCGCCGCCUCCGCCGCCUCCGCCGAGCCUGAGACCAUCGUCCCCGAAUACGUCGAGCUACCGCUCAACCACUUCGGCAAGAAGGGCUCCUCAGACGGUACCUACUUGAACCGCUUUUGGGUCUCCACCGAAGCGUACAAGCCAGGUGCGCCGGUGUUCCUGUACGAUGUCGGUGAGGCGGAUGGAGCGCCGUAUGUGGCCACCAGGCUGGGCAGAGUUAACGGCACGACGACGAAUUCGUUCAGGCAGAUGGUGGACAAGUACCAGGGGGUUGGGAUUGUGUGGGAGCAUCGGUACUACGGUAAUUCGACCCCCGGAAAUGUGCCUAUUACCGCGGACACAAAGCCCGAGGUGUUCAAGUGGCUCAACACUGAACAAUCACUGAAGGACAUCGUUGCCUUUGCGGACAAGUUCUCGCGCCCCAAUAUCAACUACACCCUCACGCCAGCCAAGACUCCCUGGAUCAUGAUCGGCGGAUCGUACCCUGCCAUGCGCACUGCCUUCAUGCGUGACCAGUACCCCGACACCAUCUUCGCGGGCUUCGCGUCCAGCGCCCCCACCGAGGCCAAGGUGGACAUGAGCGUGUACUUUGAGCCCGUCGCACGCGGCAUGGAGCGGUACGGCGCAGGAAACUGCUCCAAGGACAUCCACGCCGCUAUUGGAUACAUCGACAAGGAGCUUGGUAAGGGCGGAAAGACUGCCGCGAACCUCAAGCAGCAGUUCCUCGGCGGCGGCGCGGAGAAGAACAGCCACGCAACCUUCGCUGAUGCGCUGUCCACCAUCUUCUGGCUGUGGCAAUCGUACGGUAUGGACGGGUCGCCCUGGAGCUUGGGUGAGUUCUGCAACUACCUUGAGACGGACCCCGUCAGCACCAAGGUCGCGGACAAGGACGGCUGGGCGAAGACCAAGGGCGCCAAGUUCGUCGUCGACAGGUGGGCGAGCUGGCCCAAGUUUGCGGGCGUUGUCAGCGAUUCCAUGGACACUGUCUGCUCGGGUGACAAGAACAAGACGGCGGAGUGCAAUCUCGACUUGGUCUUCCAGGACCCGAGCAGCGUCAGUUGGACGUGGCAAUACUGCACGCAGUGGGGCUACUUCCAGUCCGCCAACCUUGGCCCCAACCAACUCGUCUCUAAAUACAACUCUCUCCAGCACCAACACGAUAUCUGCCACCGCCAAUUCCCGACCGCAAAGGCACCCCUCUUCCCCGACUGGCCGCAGACCGAUCGCACCAACGCCGUCUUCGGCGGCUGGGACAUCCGCCCUUCGCAACUCUACUGGUCCGGCGGUGAAUUUGACCCGUGGCGCACGUUGUCCCCUCUUUCAGCGGAGCCCUGGGCGCCGCACCCGAAGGCGUUCACCAAUCCGCCCAAGUGCGGGCAGGGCCAGGACGAAGAUGAGAUUUUUGGUUAUGUGCUCAAGAAUGCGCAGCAUUGCUAUGACUUCAGGACGACGGUGGCUUUGGGGGAGACGAGUCGGGGGUUCUUUUAUAAGGCGCUGGAUGGGUGGUUGAAGUGCUUUAAGCCAAAGAAGGGCGGGUAUUAG